GGAGAAUAACUCCGAUAAGGAACACAAAAGAUGGUUUCUCCCGGCAAAGAACAAAUGAGAUUUAGAGGUUGUAAAACACCUUUGCGACGGGCGCAUGGCAAUCGACGACUACUGCGAACGCACGUCCGGGAAGAGUAAGCACCAACGAAGUGCGCAUAGCCUCUUGGUGAUGUCUGACGUGUUUGGCUUGUUAUGCCAGCCGGGAGUGAGCUGGACAUAAUGCCGACGUACGUCGCGGAGCACCACUACAUCAGUGAAGCCCUUCAGAAGCCCACCGCUGAGUUGAAGGUGCCCACACUCGACCUCGAUCCCGCCGCCCGUGAGGACCCGGCGCUGCACCCACCAGCACCCAUGCUGCUGCCACUGAAGUACUCGCCAGCCAAGGUUCGUGACCACGGUGCCUUGCCCUCCCUCUGCAAAACCGCCAGCACCAAAAGACAUCGUUCGCUGUCCCGCCAGCUUACAUGCCAACCCCCAGCAGCAGCAGCAGCAGCCCAACGCAUACCCGACCAUUCUGCCGCCCCCCGCCACCGCCGAUGGACAACACCGCAACCAUCGCCACAACGAACGGCAUGGCAGACACAACGGGCGGGGCGGCGGAUGGCGCGGCCACAGGGCCGGGCCAGGAGGCCAGAAGAGGUAUGCACCCCGUGUAUGUCUGUCUGUCUGUGUGGUGUGAGCGCCCUCAUGUCUUUGUCUGUCUGUCUGUCUGUCUGUAGGUCAGUGUCAUCGCUGCCUUCGUUUUAUAUUAUAAGGAUCGUGUCCGGAAGUCACCGCCCUGUGCAAACACGACACGUACGACGCCCUCCCACAGAAGUGUGGGUCCCCACACAAGUGUCGGAGGGGAUAAGCCACGUAUGCGUCUCUCGCUGCGACCGUGUCUCUGUCUCUGUCAGCAAUCGCCGCCUACGUUUUAUAUCUGAGCGGCUCAUCUUCUCUUCUCGAGCGACGACAGCUGGUCAGCAGACGAGCUGACAGCUGCGGCAGCUGCGAGAGAGUCGACCACGUGGGGUUCGACAUGGGCAAGGGCCUAUUAGUCACAGCCACACUCUGGGAGGUCAAGGGCAGCGGCGGGCGCGUUGAUAAGGUGGCGGGGCCCGUCAUGCUCGACUGCAGGGACAUGGACAAGUUCAGGUGUGGCCUUGGAUGGUGCAGCCCGUCAGAGGCCAAGGAAGAGCUGGAGGAGCUGUGUGAACGAUGAUGAGGAGCUGAGCGACUCCGAGAGCGAGGAAGAAAUGAACAUCUCAACUGACGACUGAGGCGACGAGUGGUAGCAUCCACGGCGAAGGGCAUGUAGAGGGCCAGGGUAGCAGUCAUGUGUGUCGUACAGUUAAUAGUCUCUCAUCAAUCCACUGCCUCACAUUCUCUUUUCAUUCCAAGUACUCGAC